CGACGCUUGCUAUCACAGAAUUCACUUUAACGGAAUGAAUAUUUCUUACUGCACGGUCACAUUGUCAAGAACCACCGUUUAUGAUGUUGGCAGGGAAGCUUGCUGUUCACGUUUUGCGAAAGCGUUAGACAUAUUUGUAUUUGUCUGGCUGAGUGCGUUUCGCCGGCGCUCAAAGUUGACUGCACUGCUGCCUUUACACCAAACAUGUUGUGCUCGUAAACAUGUUAUUGCCAGGCGUCAUUGGAAUAACCGUGCUUUUACUAGCGUCACAGGUGCCGCUGCUGUGGGAGCCGGCGCUGAACAUGCUUUCACACGUGGGGAAGAUCUUUACAACCGGAUUACUGCGAGGUGCCACUUCCAGGUUGGGGAACAUUUCACGAACCAUGGCUUUUUCAACUGUCGAGAGAGGUUCUCCCAACACCUUGGCCUACAGGCUGUAUUUUCGUAAGUUAUUCGUCGCAUGCAGUUACAUCGUUUUAUCCUUGGUGGGUAUUUUGCCUGAUUUGAUAACGCUAGGGUCUGGCAUGGCCGUGGCCGUGGACGAUUACUCCACUGUUGAACGGGGAAGUCCAAACUCUGCGAACUACAGCAUGUAUUUCCGCAAGGGAGACCAAUACAUCUCCCCUUUCCAUGAUAUCCCCAUGUUUGCGGAUGAGGCCAACCGCAUUUACAACAUGGUUGUGGAAGUGCCCCGCUGGACAAAUGCGAAAAUGGAGAUAGCCACUACAGAGCCCCUGAACCCCAUCAAGCAAGAUGUCAAGAAAGGAAAGCUACGCUAUGUUCACAACUGCUUCCCCCACCACGGUUACAUUUGGAACUAUGGCGCCAUCCCACAGACUUGGGAGGAUCCAAACCACACAGACAACAAGACCAACUGCAAGGGAGACAAUGAUCCCAUUGAUAUCUGCGAGAUUGGCUAUCGGGUGGCCAAGCGAGGCGAGGUAAUUCAAGUGAAGAUCCUUGGUGUCGUGGCCCUCGUAGACGAAGGGGAAACUGACUGGAAGCUGCUUGCUAUUGAUGUCAAUGAUCCCUUGGCUAAGGAGCUAAAUGAUGUUGGAGAUAUUGAAAAGCAUAUGCCUGGCCUUCUCAAGGCAACUACUGAAUGGUUUCGCAUCUAUAAGAUUCCCGAUGGCAAGCCAGAGAACCAGUUUGCAUUUAAUGGCGAAGCUAAGAACAAGGAGUUUGCAGAGAAAAUCAUUGCGGAGACUCACGAUUUCUGGAAGGCACUGAUUAAACGUUCCGACACUUCUCCAUUGAACUGCUCUACUGUCCAGACUGAAUCUCCGCACCAUAUUAGUGAUGACGAAGCUUCUUCCAUAGUCAAUUCUACACCAGAGCUUGGUCCUGAUGCUGGCAGGGAACCUAUUGUGGACAAGUGGCACUUUGUUUGCCUCAAGUGAAUGCCCUUUGGCCAUCAAUGGAUACUUUCGAGGGACCUGCGUACAAUAAAUCUGCCUCAUAGAAACUCA